AUGAACGGCAGCGGAGAGUUCGCCAUCUUGGACAAGCAGAUUGAUGUUUUGCGAACGGGGGGCAUCCUUCCCGAGAAGGAUAUUUUGAGUCUUUGCCAGAAGGCGAGGGAGAUCUUAGGCUCGGAAUCAAACGUACAGCCGGUGCGAUGCCCGGUAACAAUCUGCGGGGAUAUUCACGGACAGUUCUAUGACUUGCUGGAGCUUUUUCGGAUCGGGGGUGACUGCCCUUCGACGAACUACCUCUUCAUGGGCGACUACGUGGACAGGGGUUACUAUUCGCUAGAGGUCGUCAGUCUUCUCGUUGCCCUCAAGGUCCGGUUCAAGGACCGCAUCACCAUCCUGCGGGGCAACCACGAGUCCCGCCAGAUCACGCAGGUCUACGGGUUCUAUGAUGAAUGCCUCCGCAAGUACGGCAAUGCCUCGGUGUGGAAUUGCUUCACCGAGCUCUUCGACUACUUGCCCAUGACAGCCCUGGUCGAAGACAAGAUCUUCUGUCUCCAUGGAGGCCUUUCGCCAUCCAUAGACACGCUGGACCACGCCCGGGCCUUGGACAGGAUACAGGAGGUGCCCCACGAGGGCCCUAUGUGCGACCUGGUUUGGUCGGACCCGGACGACCGGUGCGGUUGGGGCAUCUCUCCCAGAGGGGCGGGGUACACAUUUGGGCAGGACAUCACGGAGCAAUUCAACCACACCAAUGGCUUGAUGUUCAUCGCGCGAGCUCACCAGCUGGUGAUGGAGGGCUACCAAUGGACUCACAAUCAGGGGGUUUGCACCAUCUUCAGCGCCCCUAACUACUGCUACCGCUGCGGGAACCAGGCGGCAAUCAUGGAGGUCGACGAGACGGUGCCCAAGCAAAUCAGCGAAGCUCUCUACGACCAUUGCAACUUCACCCAGUUCGACCCUGCACCACGUGAAAAGAACUGGCGCCAGAGCAAACGAGUGCCGGAUUACUUCCUC